GCCUCGAGCCAAGAUGGCGCCCCUGGAAUCGCUGUCCUCCUCGCCCGCCUGAGGAAAAGACGCAGUCGCUGUCACCGCCGCCGCCUCCUCCCGGACCAGCCCGCCCCACCCCGCCUGGUCAGGACCUACAGGACCCACGGACCUCGGCUUUCCCGGCCCUGCCCCUUGUGCCGCCCGGAGGAGCGGGGAGAUCAGCUGUGGGGAGAGCAUGGCUGCCACGGCCGCCAAGCGCGACGGCCCCCCCUUCAUUAGCGAGGCCGCGGUCCGCGGGAAUGCCGCCGUGCUGGACUAUUGCAGGACGUCCGUGUCCGCCCUCUCGGGAGCCACGGCGGGCAUCCUGGGCCUGACCGGCUUCUACGGCUUCAUCUUUUACUUCCUGGCGUCCACCCUCCUCUCUCUGCUCCUCGCCCUCAAGGCCGGCCGGCGGUGGAACAAGUACUUCAAGUCUAGGCGGCCACUCUUUACCGGGGGCCUGGUGGGGGGGCUCUUCACCUACGUCCUCUUCUGGACUUUCCUGUACGGCAUGGUGCAUGUCUACUGAGGGGAGGGGGCUGCCAGGCUUCUGUGGGCUCGGGAGCCAAGCGCCCGGAGGGACUGGCCGGCUCGGAGAGGCCGAGAGCCCUCGCUUUCCGGCGGAGUCCACCGUUUGUGCUGUUAAUGUUAUUAGUAACUUAUGUCAGGAGAGAGAUCUCUGGUGUUAGUCUGCAGAUUAAAUCAAAUGUGAAACGUG